AUGCCUAGAGAGAGAGAGAGGGAGAGAGAGAGAGAGAGGAUGGGAGAUACGGAUGGGAGAGAAGUGAGACAGAGAAUGCACGCGUGAGUGUUAGGAACUCUUUGCCAGGGAAUGGGAAAAAAACUGUUACACAUAUUACCGGGGGAGUUGCUGAGGAGAGAGAGAGAGAGAGUGAAGAAAAAAAGGAAAGUAGAAGUUAGUGACUCAGAAGUAGUGAGGAAGAUAGUAAUAAACUGAGAGGGAGGAAAGCAGGCGGAGGAAGGUAUAAUUACAGAGAGAGAGAAAGCGAGAGGGUACACACAGUGAAGACACAGAGAGAGAGAGAAAGAGAGAGAGAGAAAGAGUCAGAGAACUGUCUAACCCUGCCCACUUUCCACAAAACCAUUCAACUCCGGCACAGUGAGCUGCACUCAGUCAGCUUUCUCCACUGCUCCGCACCUCUGCUGUCCAAAGCUCGGCAGGACCUCGAACCGGUACCAGGACCAUCAGGACCACGGCCAGCGCCACCAGAAGGACCCAGGACCAAGGACCCAGGACUAAAGCCAUAGAGGUGCUCCAGCAGAGCCAGCUCUGUCAUUACCAAGCCUGAACCCUCCGGAGGCAAUUCUACCACUACUACAAUCAAGGACACUCACUCUUGUCCAGGACCACCGCAUCUUGACUGACCUUUUCGUUUUUGCUCUUAUCGCCAUGGUCAUUUCUUUCAGAUAAGGAUUAUUAUAGCUCUUGUGCCUCUUGUUUCACACUUGCUCAGUUCUGAAAACAGGCUGGACGGGCAAUUGUCAACUGCUGCUGCUGGCAGCGGAGCCAGCCGGUCAAACUCCGGGACGUGUUGAUCGUGAGACUGUGGCCGCAUCUGACCAUCCUCUUGUCCCGUGCCAGGAUGUCCUUCUUCUCCUCCUCCUCCUUUUCUGCCUCCUCCUCUUCUCUUGCCCUGGCACUGACCCUGCUGCUACUGCUGUCUGGCUGCUUGUCCGGUCGCUGCUCCCCAACUCCUGCCGGACUGGAGAGCCAGACCCAGCAGCACCAGCACCAGCAGCAGCAAGAGCCUCAGCCUGGUCUCCGGGACACAGAGCAGGGGGACAGCCCGGCCACCCCAUGCCCAUCCUGUGCCCUUGCCCAGUUGCAGCAGGACCCAACAGCCUCAGAGUCUGGCAUGGUGGAGGCAGUGAAAAGGCACAUCCUGAGCAUGCUGCAUCUAAAUGCACGGCCCAACAUCAGCCACCCUGUGCCCCGCGCCGCCCUGCUCAAUGCCCUGCGCAAGCUGCACAUGGGGCGAGUGGCCCGGGACGGCACUGUGGAGAUCGAGGAGGAGGGAGAGGAGACUGGAGAGCAUGAGGAUGAGCAGCCCUCUGAAAUCAUCACCUUUGCAGAACCAGGAGAUGCUCCUGACAUCGUAAAAUUUGACAUUUCCAGGGACAAUGGUGUAUUGUCUGUAGUGGAGCAGGCCAAUGUUUGGCUGUUCCUGAAGCUGGCCAAGGGCAUUCGUGGAAAGGGGAAGGUGUCACUGCAGCUCCUACAGGCUCGGAGUCCGGGUCCAAACAAUCAGGAGCAGGAGGAGGUGGUUUCUGAGAAGACUGUAGAUGCCCGGCGCAGUGGCUGGCACACCCUGCCCGUGGGCCGCAGUGUCCAGGAGCUGUUGGACAGAGGGGGCACCGCUGAGCUCCGGCUGCGUGUGUCCUGCCCGCUUUGUGCUGGUGCUGGAGCUGUGCCCAUCCUGGGAUAUUCGGCAGGCGAAGGAAAGGAGAAAGAACAGUCUCACCGGCCCUUCCUGAUGGUGGCACUGCGACCAGCAGAGGAUCACCCACUUCACCGACGCAACAAACGCGGCCUGGAAUGCGACGGCAAAAUCCGCACUUGCUGCAAGCGGCAGUUCUAUGUCAAUUUCAAGGACAUUGGGUGGAGCGACUGGAUCAUCGCGCCUUCCGGAUACCACGCCAACUACUGCGAGGGCGAGUGCCCCAGCCACGUGUCCAGCAUCACGGGCUCAGCACUCUCAUUCCACUCCACCGUCAUCAACCACUACCGCAUGCGUGGCUACAGCCCCUUCACCAACAUCAAGUCGUGCUGUGUGCCCACACGCCUCCGCGCCAUGUCCAUGCUAUACUACAACGAAGAGCAGAAGAUCAUCAAAAAAGACAUCCAGAAUAUGAUCGUAGAGGAGUGUGGCUGCUCAUAAAGCACUGUCAAGAACCUGAAAUGAACCUUCUUCUUGGCGGAUUUAGUAGUCUGCGGCAGCCCACGUUUGUCUUUUGACUCAGACAAUUUAUCUUGUGGUAUGUUUAUGGACCCUUCUGUUGGGGACUCUUGGUUUGAGUGAUUUCUCUCUCUGUGGCACUUUCAUAUAAAUGUAAAAAUGAAGACUUAAAAACGUAAUAUAUUUUUGUUAUCUGAAGGGAUGGGGGGUUGAGGGAGGGAUUGGGUGCAUGGUUAAGAUAAAAAUGUCAUUCCAUGUUCUCUGCGCUGCAAUAAAGAGAAGUAUAUCUCGGAAGUAUGAACCCGAGAAAAACGAACUAUGCAACUUGUUGAGUGUUGUCAUUGGAUGUUCGUUUUUUUUUCCCCAUUCAUUUUAUUUUUUACAAUUUUUUUAAAUAUGUAAUGCAUCCUUUCCCGAUGAGAAAAGAGUUUUAUUUCUUUUCCUUUUUUGAUAAAUACUUGAAAAAAGUAGUUUGACCAGCUACUGGAGCCAAACUAUUAUUAUUAUUAUAAUUAUUAUUAUUUUUGCUAUUAUUGUUGUUAUUAUUAUUAAUUAUAUUAAUUUCCUAUAACUUAUGAAUGUUGCUGAAAAGUGAUGAAAAUUUGCACUAAAAACAACAUUCUUAUCAUAUCAGCCACACAACAAUAUGAUGUACAUUCGGAUCAUAUAUAGAAUAUACCAAAGAGCAUAUACAUUACUAGCUUUCAAAACAACUUUACAAAAAAGCCCAGCUUGACUGUGGUACUAGUUGAAAUUAGCAACAAUAUGUGGCCAACUAAAUGUAUCACUGUCACAAAAAAAAUCCAGAUUUAAACUUUUCUUUAAACAUUGCCUCCACAUUCUCAAUGUAGAAUGUAUUCACAAUUGCAGUCUGUCUGUUGUCCAUAUGUUUGUUCACUGCCAUGUUCUUACAGCUACCACACAGUCUGGUGAGACAGAACCAGUGGAGAUAUCUGUUCUGCAGCAAGGCAAAAUAUAGACUUCUGUGAAAAAUGACUGCGUUUGUUCGAAAAAAGCAAAAGACUUUAUACUGAAGGAUGCUUUUGGACAUUAAAAAUGAUAACUUUGUAUGUACAGACAUGAGAUGAAAAAAUGCAUUGUUGUACAAAUGGAAAAUGUGCUUGUUAUGUUUUAUAUCUAAUUUAUUUUGCAGCAUACUCUUUGCUUCACUAUUAAA